AUGGCGCCAAAAGGUAGUAACAGCAACUCCUCUGCUGGACCAUCGACUCCACGAGAGAAAAAACAUAAAAAGCGGAAUGCUAAAGAACGAAGUGUCGAAACGUCCGAUCGACCGAUCAAGUCUGCUAGAAUAGAUGAAAUCGACAACGACGAUGAUGUAGAAGAAGAGGAGGAGAAUGAGACCGCACAAGCUGGAGGAGACGCUAUGGAUAUGCUAGAUUCUGGUAUAGGAUCCUCGUCAAAGAAUGGUGAUGCUAUGGAAGCGCUGGAAAGUGGUCAAGAUGUGGAAGGUGCAACGGUGGUAAAAGCCGAUGAGUUUGAGACGGAGGCUGAGAGGGAGGUGGAAGCUUCCAAAGGUCUUGAUGGAGCUGCUGUAGGGGAGGAAGGAAAGAUGAAAUUGGUUCACCAGGUCCGACAUCAAGUUGCCGUUCCACCCAAUUACCCAUACAUACCGAUAUCGCAGCAUAAACGAAAUGACCCACCCGCAAGAGAAUACAAAUUCACAUUAGAUCCUUUCCAGUUCGUCGCUACUUCAUGUAUAGAACGCAAUGAGUCGGUGCUGGUCUCAGCACAUACAUCAGCAGGUAAAACAGUAGUAGCUGAAUUCGCCAUCGCUACUUGUCUGAAAGAAGGAAGGAGAGUGGUUUAUACCAGUCCUAUCAAAGCAUUAUCAAAUCAGAAAUAUCGAGAAUUCUUAGAAACGUUUGGUGAUGUCGGAUUGAUGACUGGAGAUGUCACCAUCAACCCUACUGCGUCUUGUUUGGUCAUGACUACGGAGAUUCUGAGAUCCAUGUUGUAUAGGGGUUCAGAAGUUAUGAGGGAAGUAGCUUGGGUGAUAUUCGAUGAGGUGCAUUAUAUGCGAGAUAAGGAACGAGGUGUCGUGUGGGAAGAGACCAUCAUCCUACUCCCCCACACAGUCCGAUACGUCUUCUUGUCAGCCACUAUACCCAAUUCUAUGGAAUUUGCAGAAUGGAUAACGUCGACACACGAACAACCAUGCCAUGUUGUAUAUACAGACUUUCGUCCUACGCCCUUGCAACACUACCUGUUCCCCGCUGGAUCCGAAGGAAUCUAUCUGGUCGUGGAUGAAAGAAGUAACUUUAGAGAAGAUAAUUUCCAAAAAGCCAUGGCUGCCCUGGCAGCAGGGCAAGGCGAAGAUUCAGCCGAUCCAAACAGUGGAAAGGGCAGGAAAGGGAAUAAAACCAGGAAAGGCGGAGCUAUGAAAGGUGAAAAAUCCGAUAUAUACAAGAUAGUGACAUUAAUCAUGCGACGAAACCUCAACCCAGUCAUCAUAUUUGCAUUUUCAAAGAGGGAAUGUGAAGAUUUAGCUAUGCAAAUGCAAAAAUUCGAUUUCAAUACACCCGAUGAAGCUUCGACCGUUCAACAAGUAUUCGAAAAUGCCAUUAGUGGAUUAUCAGAUGAUGAUAAGAAAUUAUCUCAAAUAGAAGGUAUCUUACCACUCCUUAAAAGAGGUAUUGGAAUCCAUCAUGGUGGUUUGUUACCUAUCUUAAAAGAAGUAAUAGAGAUUUUGUUCCAGGAGGGAUUGAUCAAAGCUCUUUUCGCUACUGAGACGUUCUCGAUUGGAUUGAAUAUGCCUGCGAAGACGGUCGUUUUUACCAGUGUUAGGAAAUUCGAUGGGAAAGAUUUCAGGAAUUUAUCUGGUGGUGAAUACAUCCAGAUGUCAGGAAGAGCCGGUCGAAGAGGUUUGGAUGCACGAGGAAUAGUCAUCAUGAUGUGUGACGAGAAGAUCGAGCCUGAUGCCGCCAAAGGGAUGGUCAAAGGUCAAGCAGAUAGAUUGGAUUCAGCUUUCCACCUAGGAUAUAAUAUGAUCAUCAACCUGAUGAGAGUCGAGGGAGUUAGUCCGGAAUAUAUGUUGGAAAGGUGUUUCUUCCAGUUCCAGAAUAGUAUGAGUGUACCUGUUCUGGAGAAACAAUUGAAAGAAGCGGAGGAGGCUAGAGAUGUGAUAGUCGUAGAGAAGGAAGAUGAGAUUAGCGAAUAUUACGAACUUCGACAACAACUGAAAGAAAAAGGUCAAGAUUUCCAAGCUGUCAUUUCACACCCUUCUUACAGUCUGAAAUUCUUGCAGGCUGGUAGAUUGGUGGAGAUCAGAGAUGGGGAUAAAGAUUUCGGUUGGUGUGUAGUUGUAGCUUACAACAAGGUCAUUAAUCCUAAAGGUCGGACACCGAUAUUCACCGAAUCUGAUCCACCUCAAAAACAAUACGUUGUUGAUGUACUUACGAAAGUAGCUUCCGGUACGGCUUCUGGCAAUCCUAAAGAUAGAUCUUCAUCUGCUUUGAUCCCACCCUCCGGGAACGAUCAAGGUGAGGUAGCUAUCAUAGCUUGUUCACUCACCACUGUACAGGCUAUCUCUCAGUAUAGAAUCAACUUGCCUAAAGAUCUGAGGGGUCAGUCGGAAAAGAACACUGCUUUCAAAGCUGUUGGAGAGAUCAAGAAGAGAAUGAAAGAUGGUCCACCCCUUUUGGAUCCAAUCAAAAGUAUGGGUAUUGAAGAUAAGAGUUUCAAGGAGCUGGUAAAGAAAAUUGCCAUUCUCGAACAACGAUUGGGAUCAUUACCCAUAACGACGUCUAAAGACUUACCAAGGUUAUAUGAUUUGUACGAUCAAAAACAAGAAUCGAUCAAUAACGUCAAACAGCUCAAACGAAAGAUCAACUCGGUACAUGAUAUAUUGCAAUUGGAAGAGCUCAAAUCUCGUAAGAGGGUAUUAAGAAGAUUGGGUUUUACAACUUCGGAUGAUGUUGUUGAGAUGAAGGGAAGGGUGGCAUGUGAGAUUUCGACGGGUGAUGAGUUGAUGUUGACUGAGAUGAUGUUUGGUGGAACGUUUAAUGAUUUGACGCCGGAACAAUGUGCGGCUGUUUUGAGUUGUUUUGUAUUCCAGGAAAAGUCUGAGGCCAAAGUCCGCCUGAAAGAGGAAUUGGCAGCUCCCUUACGUGUACUGCAAGAAACGGCAAGGAGGAUAGCAAAGAUAUCCAACGAAUCUGGUAUACCCAUCGUCGAGGAGGAAUAUAUACAGAGUUUCAAAGUGGAAAUGAUGGAUGCGGUCUUACAGUGGUGUAAAGGUGCCAAGUUUAGUGAUAUUUGUAAUCUCACGGACAUAUUUGAAGGAUCAAUCAUCAGAUGUUUUAGGAGAUUGCAGGAAUUGAUUCGACAGAUGGGUCAAGCUGCACAUGCUAUUGGUAAUACCGAAUUGGAAGAGAAGUUCGGAAAGAGCAUGGAAUUGCUUGAAAGACCUAACACUGUGGUGUUCAAUCCAUCGUAA